UGGCGCGAGUUGUUUGCGAAUCCUAGAUGAGCUAAAAUCUCGCGUUUGAUUUUUGAAGGAAUACAACCACUUUGAGCAAAUUAAUAGGGUAUGGAGAUUUGACCGAUUUUCGUCAGAUUUCACCAAAACAUUCUAGGAAUAACGACAAACGAAGGUGUGUCGGGAAAUUUGAUAUUUGAAACUGAUAGCAACUUUUGAAUUCCAUUUGAACGAACGAAACGGCUCAUGAAAACCACAAGCAAUUAGUAUACAUUGAAUUUCCGCAUUUAACGUCAGUUGUCGCUUGUCGCUGAAUAGAAAGGUCCUCUAGCUUUUCGUCCGCUACUUUGGUAAGGAUGACUGCCAGCCUUAAUCAAGGCAAUGAAGACUUCAAGUCCCAUGUCUUUAUUAUCAACGGAGGCAUACUACUCUUUUUCGCGUUGUUGAUAUCGAUCUCCAAUGGCAUCCUCCUGUUCAUGAUCUACAAAGACCCGCUGAGGAAAUUUCGCAACGCCACCGCAGUUCUUGUGGUCUCUCUGGGCAUAACAGACUUUCUAACGGGAUGUGUAACCGCCGUGGACGUUGGAAUAGCACAUAUUCUGGAAGGAAUGGAAGUGGGAAAAGUUAUGCUUCAGGCCAAGAUCGUUUCGCAGAUAACCGUGCGCGCGAGUGUUUGUAUCAUGAUCAUUUUUGCGGUUGAACGGUUCAUAGCUAUUGCCUUCCCGUACGUUUAUCGUAACUCCCUGACCAUCCCAAAAACCAUCCUCUGUUGUGUGCUGUGUUGGAUAUUAGCCAUUGUUACAAGCUGUCUGGAGCUGGUAGUGGAGCGAGAUUUGUACGAUGUUGUGUUUCUUUACCUCAUUUUUGUCCUACCACUUCUCACGAUUAUUUUCACAUACUCGGCUGCUUAUUUUAUAGUGCAAUAUCGACAUGGAAGACUCUACAAAAAAGAAAAAAUAUCCAGGCGAUCGGCUGAGAUGCAGAAGCAACUGAUGACGACUGCCUGUCUGAUAAUUCUUGUCUUCUUCGUUUCUCUCGUUCCGUUUUGGUUAUUCACCACCAUCCGGCGUUACUGCAAAGAGUGUGUUCAUCAAAAAUGGUGCAUUGCAGGUUAUCGACUGUCCAUCCCGAUUCUGUACAGUAACUCUGCCCUAAACCCGUUGUUGUAUGCCUGGAGAAUGCGGCCAUACCGUCAAAGCUUUCAAGCCUUAUUUCUCAGAAAACAAAAUAGUUUAAGGGGAACAAGUCAAAACGAAUUCCCUCCAGACGAAGGCAACGAAACUAUACUGGUCGAUGAAUUUUGCGAAGAGACUAAAUUAUAGAUAAAACUUUAAGGAGGAAAUUUAUAAUAUAAAUUAUAUCUAAUCACUGUUCACCAAAGAUAAAAUAUGUUCAUUUUUAUGGACAAAUUUCUGCCUUUCCAUAAAGUCAACACAAAGAAAGCUCCCACUCACUGUAGAAAAACUCAUCACAAAUACCUAUCACCUGAAUAUGUUUUGUGUUAUUGUAGAAUUCUGCUAUGAUGCAUGUCAUUUAGCAAUUUCAGGUAUAACCUACUCUAAUAACUUUGCAGAAUACACAGCGCUCUGUGUCCAAUCGUCGGUUGCAAAGGUUAUCGAUAUAUUUGUCGGCACCACAACCUUUUCGCUUGCGUAGCAUUAUCAAUGCUUUGUAAUCAAGAGUAACUGUCACAAAAAAGACAAGAAGAUAAUAUCAAGUUCAAGUUUAAAUAGCUAUACCACAGAUCUCAAAUGGUAGACUUUAUAUUAAACACCACUUUCCUAGACAUUUUUUAACACUGCCAAGCAUAAAAUAGAUUCAAUAAUACUAUAACAUGGCUAGACAUGUAACAUAAAAACAUUGCAAAAAAAUAAUAAUAAUAAGGUAAAAAAAUAUAAAGAGUCAAGAUUGGAAGACAUAAAUAACCUGUAAAUUUAACUUUAAAGCAUCUUCCAUCAACCACUAUUCCAGUUUUCUUGAUGGCAUCCUUCUGGCGAUUUAUAUCUUUUAUUAGGGCCUCCACAUUUUCCCUAUAGAGCAAAAAAAUGUGACAUUGUAAAAUUUCUUAAAAAUUGUUGCAACUCACUAGUUUUCCUUGUCUUCUAGGCAUGAGGUGACUUGCUCAAAAUUAAUUAAUUAAUUAAAAUUAAUAAUCACAACAAAAUAUAAGA